AUGAGAAGUUUCAAUCAUAUCUUCUUGUUACUCAUCGCAUUAGUGGUUUUCUGUGCUGUGAACGUUGCUGAAGGCGGAACUCUCAAGGAAUGGCUUAAGAAGCAUCCAGACCGCGUCAUAUGCCAGCGAGGUGCUCCAGAACUUAGUAUUCAGAAAAAUUGCGCUUUCCCGCCUCAGUCUAAAUUACACACAAAUUUGGAUUGUAGAUUACCGGACUGUGUCACCUUCGAGGAAGCUGCCCUUCUUGAACCUUUGUCUGUCGGUGUUCAUGCCUGUCGACGAGCGAACAUCGAAAUGGGACAAAGCAUCUUGGUGCAAGGAGCAGGACCAAUAGGAACGUUAUGUAUGAUGAUAGCAAAAGCAAUGGGAGCAACACAGGUGGUAAUGACGGACUUGGACCAAAAUCGCUUAGCACUUGCAAAGACACUUGGAGCUGACCAUGUUAUUUGUGUCAAAGGCAUGUCGUUGUUGGACGUUCAAGAAGCCGUAAUCGAUUGCUCACAAUGUGAACCCGAUGCGACCAUCGAAUGCACUGGAGCUCAGGCUUGCAUGGAGUCAUCUAUCUUGAGCACCCGCUCUGGAGGAGUGAUUGUUAUGGUUGGUCUUGGUGCGCCGCGGAUUGAUCUGCCUAUCAUAGACUCCUGUCUAAGGGAGGUGGACAUCAGGGGUGUUUUCAGAUAUGCGAACUGCUAUCCGACAGCAUUGAAUCUUAUCGCAUCAAGACGAAUCGAUUUGACAGGGCUCACAAAGGCGCAUUAUAAAUUAAAUGAAGCAGAGGAGGCCUUUCAAAGAGCACAAAUGGUGGACGUUAUCAAAGUCUUCAUUCACUGUCAAGAAUGA